AUGGUGCUGUCAGAGAAAGUGAACCAGCUGAUGGAGUGGGCCAGUAAAAGAUCUGUUAUCCGAAUGAAUGGAGACAAAUUCCGACGCCUUGUGAAGGCACCACCCAGGAACUACUCGGUGAUCGUGAUGUUUACUGCCCUUCAGCCUCACAGACAGUGUGUUGUGUGCAAGCAAGCUGAUGAGGAAUACCAGAUUCUGGCCAACUCCUGGCGAUAUUCCGGUGCCUUUACCAACAGGAUUUUUUUUGCUAUGGUAGAUUUUGACGAAGGCUCAGAUGUGUUCCAGAUGCUGAACAUGAACUCUGCUCCGACCUUCAUUAACUUCCCUGCCAAAGGGAAGCCCAAGCGAGGGGACACGUAUGAGCUGCAGGUGAGAGGCUUCGCGGCGGAGCAGCUCGCCCGGUGGGUGGCUGACAGGACAGAUGUCCACAUCCGUGUGAUCAGGCCACCGAACUACGCUGGACCAUUGAUGCUGGGGCUGCUGCUGGCUGUCAUCGGAGGCCUCGUGUACCUGCGUGGGAGCAACCUGGACUUCCUCUAUAACAAAACUGGCUGGGCAUUUGCUGCUUUGUGUUUUGUGUUAGCAAUGACAUCAGGCCAGAUGUGGAACCACAUUAGAGGUCCCCCCUAUGCUCAUAAGAAUCCCCAUACAGGACAAGUGAGUUACAUCCAUGGGAGCAGCCAAGCCCAGUUUGUGGCCUCUCUGCAUGUCUCUUCUGUUUUCAAUGGUGGAGUUACUUUAGGAAUGGUUCUGCUCCAUGAAGCUGCUACUUCUGACAUGGAUGUGGGGAAAAGAAAAAUUAUGUGUAUUGCUGGUAUUGGCUUGGUGGUGUUGUUCUUCAGUUGGUUGCUGUCUGUCUUCAGGUCCAAGUACCACGGCUACCCCUACAGGCUGAAACUGAAGUGCAUGAAGGAGGGAAAAAGUGUGGUAGUGGAGCAGAAGAUCGAGUGCUUGCAGGGACCAGUAGCAG